UUGACGUACAGACGUUGAGGAAGUGAACACGUGGGCCAAACGAGUCCACGCUUUUCAGGAAGGCUCUCACCACUACAAGUAGCAGCUACCUUGAUCACGUCUUUGGUCGAUAACGAAAUGGCAGUCAGAGUGUCCUUUGAGAAGAACAACGAAAUAGGGUGCUUUGCAAAGCUCACCAACACUUAUUGCUUGGUCGCAAUAGGUGGGUCCGAAAACUUCUACAGUGUCUUUGAAGGAGAACUAUCAGAAACAAUCCCCGUGGUCCAUGCCUCCAUAGCAGGUUGCAGGAUAAUUGGUAGAAUGUGUAUAGGAAACCGCCAUGGACUUCUUGUGCCCAACAACACAACUGAUCAGGAAUUGCAGCACAUACGGAAUUCUCUUCCAGACUCAGUCCGUAUCCAGAGGGUGGAAGAGCGACUGUCUGCACUUGGGAAUGUAAUUGCCUGUAACGACUAUGUGGCUCUAGUACACCCUGACCUUGACAGGGAGACAGAGGAAAUUUUGGCAGACAGCCUGAAGGUGGAGGUGUUUAGGCAGACGGUGGCAGAGCAGGUCCUUGUGGGUAGUUAUUGCACUUUCAGUAAUCAAGGAGGCCUUCUUCACCCCAAAACAUCCAUAGAAGACCAAGAUGAACUCUCAUCCCUUCUGCAAGUCCCUCUGGUUGCUGGUACUGUAAACCGAGGAAGUGAUGUAAUCGCUGCCGGCAUGGUGGUGAACGACUGGUCUGCCUUCUGCGGCCUGGACACCACAAGCACAGAACUGUCAGUUAUCGAGAGUGUGUUCCGAUUAAGUGAGACCCAGCCCAGUGCCAUAGCAACCACUAUGAGGGACUCGCUGAUUGACAGUCUUACAUAGAUUGCACAUGGUGGUGAAAUAUUUUAGAAACUUGGUUUAACACCGGACCAGGAUGUGGGCAUUGCUAUCAAGUGGAAUGUUUCGUCUCUUCCUGGACAAGUCUCUUAGGAGACAGGCAUACUCUGUACCAUAAAGAAACAUGUAAAAUAACUGUAUAAACUGGCAAUGUCGAACUACAUUUUUUUGUAAAAUAUGGCAGUCUGAUGUCAGAUUUUAACAAGUCUGCAGAACAAAAUGCAACUACAUGAAAUAUUUGCUGUUUAGCUGCAAAUUUAGUAUAUGAGAAUAUUUUGUUUCAUUGCUUAAAUGCAGUGCAAAAUCAAUAAAGCUUCACUUGGUCAACACGCA